AUGUCGGAUAUUUUCCUGCCGACCAGGGUGCUUGACCUCGGCGAGCCGGGCCAGAUUCCACUUGAUGCGGAUGUGCGGCUCUACGAAACCGGGGGCAAUAUCCAGGGCAUGUACAUGACACUGAGCCACUGCUGGGGAGGCGCAUUGCCCAUUAUGACUUUGAGUGGAAACCUGGAGGCGCACAAGCAGAAAGUAUCAUGGGAAAAGCUGCCUCGAACCUUCCGUGACGCCAUCCGAGUCACGCGGAGAUUGGCAGUUCGAUAUCUCUGGAUAGACUCCCUCUGCAUAAUCCAGGACGACAAGAAUGACUGGCUCGUGGAGGCGGCAAGAAUGGGCCGGGUCUACCAGGAAUCCUAUUUGACCAUUGCUGCCACGGCGGCCCCCAACGGCGAUGGUGGCUUGUUUCCAUCGUCUUCGGCCCCUGCAAAGACACGGUUUCACGAGUUGAAGCCAAGUUCGACAGGCCAGCAAGGUCAAGACGUUGACGAGAGCAGCAUGUUCCUGCGCCGCCAGCUCAACCACGACGCCUUCUCCACCUUCUCGCCCGACGGGCCACGCCUUCUCACUAGAGGCUGGGUGUACCAGGAAAGAGUCUUGUCGCAGCGGGUGAUACACUUCUCCGACGACGAGCUGCUCUGGGAGUGCAGAGGUCGCUUCGCGUGCGAGUGCGGCUCCGCCCAGGCCAGGACAUCGCAGAUCGCCACGGUCAAGCAGGGCCAAGCCGACGGCCGGGCCGGCAGCACAUGGCGCGUCGGGUACUCGGCCGCGAACUCGGCCGGCUACAAUUUCGACGACCACGUGGCGCACAACACGGGCGAAGCCGUCCACCGGCCCAAGCGGUACCGCGCCAUGGUCUCCGACUACACUCGGCUCCACCUCACCUUCGCGCGGGACCGGCUGCCUGCCUUUGCUGGCAUUGCCCGGCUGUACGGCGGCGCCGGUCGUGGGGACUAUGUGGCUGGGCUUUGGACCGGCAGCCUCGCCAGCGACCUGCUGUGGGAAGUGGCG